AUGCAACUGCUGCAGUCACAAAUAAACUCUGGACAAGCACACCUAUUACCUGAAUUUGAAACAACGUUUCUCACUUCAAAUUUGUCAUCCCGUGCCACAAAUACAAUAACUAAUGUUACAGCUGAAGCACUAAGCACAUGUGAUAAUAUCCGAACGGGUGGUGAGAAUGUUAGCUGUGUUUCACGCGAGAUUGAUUCCAGAACAUCCAGUAUUCUGGGAAAUGCUGUUGAUGAAAAUGAUUGUCCGACAUUUUCAGCAGACAAAUCUAAUAAAAUAAUGCAAGAUCAUUUUCUGGAUGAGGAUUCGCUGUUAGAAAAUUUGCCCAAAUUUGAACACUGCAGUGGAAGCGGAAGCGGUUUGCCAUGUGAAUUAAUACGCAGUGUAAAUUGGCUGCAGUCAAGGUUGCCAAAUGCGAAACCAGGUUUUGAGAUCUAUGGCAAUGAUGGAUAUGUUUCAAAACAAAGGAAGCAAGUUUUGCAAACGAGAAACAUCCCUCGAAGUACUGGUAUUUCUACCCGUGGUGCCAAUGAAGGAAGGUCAAGGGGAAUAUUUGCAGGCUUACCUCCUCCGAUGCCUGCAUGUCAUCAGUUGAAUGACAGCAACUGGCGCAGGCAUUCACAAAAUGGUCCUCCAUCGAAGAACUACCCUACACGUCCUUUCUCGACUAGUGAUGGCUUUGUUCGUAGUCGAGAGCGAAGCAGUUAUGAUAAGUAG